AUGACCAGACCCCAUGGGUCCAGCCUGCUCCUGUUCACCAUUCUGGUGGCCCUGGUGGCCAGCACAGACCCAGAAAAGAAUAGGCUUAAGGCAUGGAGGGAAUUAAACAUCAUCAGUGCCUCAAAUGCCAACGUGAGGCAAUGUCUGUGGUUUGCCCUGCAAGAGUACAACAAAGAGAGUGAGGACAAGUACGUCUUCCAGGUGGUCAAGAUUGGGCAAGUCAAGAUGCAGGUCACAGAUCGUUUGGUAUACUUUAUCGAUGUUGAAAUUGCCCGCAGCAAUUGCAGAAAGCUUUCGGAUAAUAACGAAAACUGUAUCGUUCAAGAAAACAUCAAGCUGGAAAAGAGAGUAAUGUGCAGCUUUGUGGUGGGAGCGCUCCCCUGGAAUGGUGAAUUCGUCGUGAUGAAGAAGGAGUGUGCGGAUGCCUAG